AUGGCCUCACCUCCCUUGAGGAUCCGGCCCAGGGCUGAGCUGAAAAGACCCAAGAAGAAACCAAAGAAACCGGCCUGGCCUCUCGCCAGAGCCACACCGACCGCAGGAGGGCAGUCAGUGACCCACACCGGCCUCCCCGUUGUGGUAUCUCUGGCCAACAAGGCCGUGUCCUUCGGCUGCAGGAUUACCUACCCAUACACCCCCGACUUCAAGGACUUCACAGUCAGCUACUUUCAUGUGGACCUCCAGGGCCAGACGAGCUCUGAGGAGAAGACCAGCUGCAAACCUGGUCCAGGCAGAGAGAACCAGACCCACACCGAAGAGUGUCAGAUCACCCCCAAGCUGCCUGACGCCUCUGCCACUGGCACCUACUACUGCUCCGUCCGCUGGCCGGGCUCCAGGGUGACAGGCAGCGGCACCUUCAUCCUGGUCAGAGACACAGGCUACCAAGAGCCCCCGCAGGGCCCCCAGGAUCUCCUGCUUUUUUGCUUCAUCGGCAUCCUGACUGUCCUGAGCAUUCUGGCCACGGCCCUGCUGCUCUGGAAGAAGAGACAGAUGCAGGCUCCACAGAAGCACACUGCCCAGAAGUGCCCGGGCCCCAGCGCUGCCAGCAGCCGGGAGCAGCCUCCACCCGAAUCCAUCUACACAGACCUGCAGCGCCGAGAGACUGAGGUCUACGACUGCAUCCAGAGUGAGGCCAGCAGCCCGCCCUCCAACCAGGACCUGCUCUCCCAGCCCGGCCACACCCGCCGAGUGUGCCACAUCUCCGGACCUUUGCCCAAGCUGUUCCCUCUGCCAGUCCCGGGUGCCGUCUCCGAGGUCUCAGAGAGGGACUCCAGCGUCACCUUCCGCCUCCAGCUCCCUCGUGUCCACUGCCUUGACCCACUUGAGACACCACAUGAUGAACACUUCACAGGAACUACAGUGUCUCCACCCACCGGGCCCCGGGCCCAGCAGCUGGUUUUCAUAUCAAGGAAAUGGGAAAACGCCAAUCCUUUCGGAGGUGACCGCAGAGAAGCUGCCACCUGCUCCACGCCCUCUGCAACACAGCCACAGUCUCAGCUGCGACAGAUCAGCUGCCUCUGCAUCCCAGAGGUCAAGCCCGUAGCCUGCCCGGGCACCCGCCUGAUGGGAUUGGGCCUCGGGCUUGCUCCUCGCUCCCGCAGCGCCCCAGCUGGGCCUGCCACCCACCACCUGCUACCCGCCCACGUGGAACCCCCUCUGCCCCUGCUGGUGUCGGCUUUGGCAGGCUCUGGGCCCUGA